AUGAUGUGCCUAUCUCUUACCAGGCCUAACCACCUGACCUAUGAACAGCAUUUCGAGCGUGAGUGCCGAAUCCUCGAGGAAGCUCUCCUAAGAGAGGCCCAGUCACUUCAGAUGUUGGAAGAUCGCCGCAUAGAAAUCAUUAAGGCCAUUUGUGAUAUGAUCGUUCAACUGGAGGUCGUCGGACGGCUCGCUGAGACUAUGGCCAGAAAGUCUCGAAAGUGUCCAACUGUCCUGAUUAGCCCGCCGGGCUAUUUCCUUGGUGAAUUUCAGGAAUUUUGCCGGGAGAAGGUCUUGACUGCUUUGGGUAGGGCGCUGACUUGCCUUAGUGAGUCAACCAAUAUUUAUCGUGAUAUCAACUACACAGUCGCUGAUCAAUUGGAGGCGGCUCAUGAGGAGUUCACUUUUGCCUUGGAUAGUUCCGAGUAG